AUGGCGGAGAAAAAGAACCCGCAGAUCAGCAUCGCUGCGAGCGCCAUCGCUAUGCGUGGCGUACGCAUGUUCCUCAGCGCGGGGAAGGCAGCGGCUGAGCGUCGUGCGUCUCCGAAGAAAACGCGUCCAACGAAGCCUGUUGUAUCAGGAAACAAGCUACACAGUAGUGUGACUGAAAUACUGCUUAGAAAAACCAAAUUCGAUAAAAAUGAACUCGAGGCUCUCUUCACGAUGUACAAGCGAUUAGUAACAUCUGCACAAAACACCGCUCCUACCUCUGUUAUUGGUCAGCCGGCCGCUAAAAUUGACGGAAUCGACCAGAACACCUUCCGUGACGUGAUGCACAAUACCUUCGACCUGGUCACAGAAGACGUAGUACUGGAUCGUGUGUGGCUCACCUGGGAGAGAGGGGCCAAUGGGGGAGAGGGGGCGUUGAAGUUCGAAGCCUGGGCGCGAGGUCUCAGCGUACUGUUGCGAGGCUCUGAUGAUGAAAAGAUGUUGCAUUGCUUCGCUGUUUACGAUUUAAAUGGUGAUGGGUUCAUCACCAGAGAUGAAAUGUUUACGUUGCUCAAGAAUUCGCUUUUGAAACAACCAGGAGACGAAGACCCGGACGAGGGAGUCAGAGACUUAGUGGAGCUGGUCCUCAGGAAAAUGGAUAUUGAUAAAGACGGGAAACUGUCAUAUGAAGAUUAUAAGCAAGCAGUGGAACAAGAGCCUUUACUUCUGGAAGCGUUCGGGCAGUGUCUACCUUCGCGACGUCAUGCGGUUGCCUUUCUUAAAACUUUGACAAAUAAAUAAACUAAUAGUUUAAAAAAUUUAAUAAAAAAUA